GCUGGCGUCAGUUACUCGACAAACGCGUUCGGCGUAACACUUGCUCGUAGUCAGUCGCGCCCGCAGCAAGUGUUUCCGUGUUCCUGUUACGGCCGUUGACACGCGUCGGGACUCGCCGACCGGGAGUAACGGAAGACCACCUCGUCGCCGUACGAUGAUCGACGACGUCGUCGUCGCGAGAUCAUAGGUUGCGCGAUAGAUAAACGGAGAUCGCCCUCUCCCCUUUGAGUGCCUCCUCAUAUUCCUCAGCGAUCACCUUCGCGCGCGCGUUAUUUGGAUUAAAGCAGAGCGUCGACGAGCAAGCCGAAGACGGACGAUCGAGAUGCUUUGGCAAAAGAACUACCUUGCCUUGGGACUGCUCGGCGUCCUCUUGCUGUCGGCGACCGCGGACAACAGCGUGCACAUAUUGUCGAAGUAUGGCCUACAGCCGCUCACCUCAACUACGCUCAAGUGGCUGCCGGUGGGACACUACAACCCGAGCGAAUCGAAGGAGAUAGUCAUCGGUGGCUUCGAGAUGGUACCAGAUGGUGGUGAAGUUGCAGAUGAGCCUUACUUCAACCAAGCGGAAAAGUCGGAGCUGAAGAUGCGGCCGCUCUACGUGUGCCGCGCGAUGCACAGCAGCAGCGUGUGGGUUGCUGGGACGCAAAAGAGCAAGGAGAAACGCUGCACCGUGACGUUACACGGUAGCGUGCAGUCGUACUCCUCCAAGUACGAAUUGCUGGAGAACAUCGACGGGGCGGCGCGAAUUGCGUGGGUUCGCUGGACGAAAUUCUCACAGCCCAUGCUAGGCGCGGUGUACGUCGAUAAGAUGCUGGUAGCACGAUACAAGACGGACAGUGACGACAAGAAAAACACCACGAAGUCACGGUACACCCACUACAUUGGCACGCUGAACUCGAACAACAACUUCGGCUCUAUCAUCUAUGCGAACGAGAACAACGAGGAGGAAUCCGCCAAGUCCGGCGAGUUGCUAGUGGAGACCGAGCCGAUCCGUUAUGAGCUCACCGCGGUGAAGCUCAACUGGCCUAAGAAGCGUAAUAUCAAGCGCGAGCCGCGCGUACUCGCCGAGACGACGAUCACCAACACGAUGGAGUACGCAGCGAACGAAGCGGAAGCCUGCACGUAUUCGUACAAGUACUCGAUCUAUUGGGGUCGCAGGCACGCUAUCCUGAACGGUCUGGAUACCUCGAUCACGUUGCUCAACGGCACAUCCCUGCCGAACGUAACGUGGGGUAUGCGAAGCAAGGAAAUUCGCGAGGACGCUUACAAUGUGCUUGUCUUCCUGGAGCCUGGUACCGGCGUGAACGUCACACUGAGGGCCAACUACACGGAGAUGGAGGUGCCGUACGUCGCCACGUUGGUCUCGCACUACGAGGAUGGCGCGACGACGUCACGCCCGAUUAGCGGCACGCGCCAGGAGGAGACCAUGUUCGACAUCGUGGUGGAAUUCGGGCCGAUCUAUUUCCUCAACAAUUACAGCCUGGUGCCGACCACUAUGCCGCCGCCCACCACGGAACCGACCACCACCACCACGACCAUCACGUCGACGAUGACGACGAAGCUGCCGCAAGAGGUCAACUGGACGACCCACCGGCACCGGCAGAAGAACGACGAUUCGGACGAGAACGAUGAGAACCUGAUCAUACCGCCGAAGAAGUCAGACAUAUCAACGAGCAUGCAGAGCGACGAUGGCGGCCCACUCUCGCUCAAGAACAAGGUAGAGAUGCACAGCGGCACGUGCGGUGUGUUCAAGUCGGGCUUACUGACGCUUGUCCCGAUGCUGCUGCUCAUCCUCCACAGGAUCACGUGAAAGCCCAACACAGAACCAUCUCUAAACGCUAAUUCCUCUAAUUCCCGCAAUAGUAAAGAUAAUAUAAUCCAAUAGUAGAGAACACAUACACAUACACACACGAAAAAGUACCGAAAACAAAACAAAGGUUAAAACAAAACAAAAAAAGCCAAAAAAAGAAGAAUAUUGUACGCGAGAAAAAAUUGCUGUAAUUUCGUACGUAGCAAAGUAUUGUCGUACGGUGCGAAAGAAACCUCUCUAUGUUUAAAAACAUAAAAAAUACCGCUACUAAACGUCGGCAUCGCGGUACCGACGUAUAUGCUUGCCUUUAAAAAGAAAAACUCGAUAUUUAAUAUAUAUAUAUAUUAUACAUAUAAAUUAUAUAUACACAUACAUAACACACAUACUACACGCAUAUACACGUACACAUGUCCCUUUUAAGAUAGAACAGAAAGAGAGAGAAAGGGAGAUAGGGAGAAGUAUCUUCGUGAUUGAACAAUGAGCUAGUCUCACGACGACACGAAUUAAGUACAAGAAAGAUCGCAGCGACCGAUGUUGGUGGAUUGACGCGGAACGUUAACGUUGCACAGCGUUAUCGUCACACAGCGUAUAAACGUAAACUCUGACAUUCCGUCUUUUCUAAUCCCGCUGUGAAUCGACUUUCCAGCUAAAAAUAUGUCUUAUGCCUUCGUAAAGUGUAAUUCUAGAUCACCUAGGAGAUUAAUCGCUUCGACAAAUGACGGCACAUUCUUUUUUGAGGGUUGUGUCUGGAAAAGAGUAAGAAGAGACAGAGAGAGAGAGAGAGAGGAAGAAAGAGCUAUUAAUUAACGUGGAUAAAUGUCUCGGAUAAGCAGUAGCGUACACGUCGAGCCAGAGGGAGAUGAAUAGGAGUUAAGCGGAGAAAGAAAACAAAAAGACAGAGGAAGAAGAUAUAUGCGAGUUAAUUCAGCUACGAUAUAUUUUUGAGAUUGCCGAUAUAAUUUUAGAAGAUUGUAAAAUUUAUAAGCAAGGUAGCAAGUAAGGAAACCACAUAGAUGUAGGAAGGUGGAUGGGUACACGUUCUCUCGCGAUACUAAUUAAGUUCUGCGGCUGUAUCAGCAAAACGCUACAAGCUACUUGGUUGGUACGGGACGACAGAUUUCGACAAAACGGUUUUAACAGUGUAUGUUAAGGAUGUUAAAUACUUGGAGAUUACGUAUGAUAAGAUAUUAUUUUCGCGAAUAUAAGAUAUUAUUUUCAAGAUCUUUGUGGCAACAUUAUGUGUGUGCACGCGUUGACCCAUUUUUUUUUCACGGCUUUAAAGUAGUUGUUUGAUAUACAAAGCAAUUCGUGAUGUACCCAUCUAUUGCCAGUGUAAAGUGAUAGGACAUGCAGAUUUCCUAGACUACUGUUGAAGAGAAGAUAACAGUGAGAGAGAAAGAAAGAGAGAACGAAGAGAACCAUAUUGGUAUAUAUAACGUAUAUAUAUAUAAAUAUAUCUCGAUAAUUCCUCAAUAAGAGUAGGAUAUUUUGGUACGUGUACGAAGUACGAAGUAUUAUGUAUUGAAAUUCUUAAGUUCGAUGUCUGAAAGAAGACUUUUGUUCGUUCGGGAGCGAUUGAAGACUACGAGACAUGUCGUUUCCCACACGUGGUUGCGUUAUCAACAUUUUCAUCCCGAAGAAGUAUCCGUAUGUAUAUAAUAUGUAUUUCUAUUGAUCUUGAUAUAGUUGUAAUUGUGUAGUAAGCUUAUUUAACGGUUUAUAGUUUUCCUCCAUCGACAGCGACGUUAUAAGUACAAUUCUUUAUAUUUUAUUAUUAACCAAUGAGAUGAGAGAACCGUAGGUUUAGCGCGAAACACUUCAUUUCGGACUAAAAAGAAAAGAAGGACGCGGAUUGUGUCUUCUAACGUACGUUUAUCGACGUAAGCCUAAUCACGCUUUUUGUGAUAUCCAGUAAAACCUUGCAAAUACAAAGAAGAAAAAAGGAAGAGAAAAGUUCUGUUGUAUGAUUCGUCAUAAGAGAAAGCAAUAAUACGUUGCGAGAUCGAGAGACUUGCGUGUAUGAAGAGAAGAAGCGAUGAGAAAAAAGCAUUAAACGGACCCAAAUAAAAUUUAUGUUGUCAAAUUGCACGGGCGAUAUUUCCUCCUUACGAAUAAGUUGACGAAACGAAAUCGCGAGACAUGCAAGUUCAAGAGAGAGGAUGAAGCUGAAUGCCCAGAAGCCGAAAUCACAAAAACGUAUUUUAUGGUUGCUUCUUGAUAAUUCUAUAUGCCGAUAGUAGGAAGACGAAAUAAAUGUGUCCUACAGAAAAAAAUCUAGCUAUUUGACUCCGCGGCAGAGCCAAGAACUGUUCUAAAAAGUAUCUCUAACACAGAUGUAUUAUUUGUGAAUAUGCUGCGCUGUAUUGUACAUUAUCAUGUAAAUAUAACUGCUAUGUACAUAUAAAAUGCAGAUUUACCAUUUGA